AUGGCGGAAAACUCUUUGAAUCCCGUACCUUUCUCUGAACCGCCAUACUUGCGCGGGCUCCCAAAUCCAUACAUCACGCCCGCUCACCUUCGCUUCCAGAAAGCAUGCCGCAAAUUUGCCUGGGAAAAUUUGAUUCAUCAUGCGAUGGAAUGGGAGAAAGCUGGGACUGUCCCCGACCAUGUUUUCCAUACCUUCUGCAAGGCCAACAUGCUUUUGCCUAAUAUGCCCGCCCCCCUUCCCGUGGACUGGCUCAAGCGGUUGGGGAUCAAUGAUAUCUUGGGAGUCAAGGUUGAAGAUUGGGACUAUACCUAUACAGGAAUUUAUUGCGACGAGAUGGGACGGUCAGGUUUGAGUGGUCCUGGUGGCUCAUUGAAUGCUGGUUUCGCCUUCGGCAUUCCACCCAUUGUCAAGUUCGGGAGCAAGGAGUUACAGGAGCGAUUCCUCCCGGAUCUUCUGACAGGCAAGAAACGCGCCUGUAUUGCAAUUACGGAGCCCGAGGCCGGUAGUGACGUGGCGAAUAUCACCACAACCGCUGUUAAGAGCGCAGACGGCAAACACUAUAUUAUCAAUGGAACGAAGAAAUGGAUUACAAACGGCAUCUGGUCUGACUACGCGACCAUGGCAGUCCGGACUGGCGGAAAGGGAGCCUCAGGUCUCUCCGUGCUAGUCGUACCUUUAAAGAACCAGACUGGUGUCUCGAUGCGUCGAAUGAAAGUUUCGGGCCAAAUCACCGGUGGAACGACCUAUAUCGAGCUGGACGAUGUCAAGGUACCCGUGUCGAACAUCGUUGGCAAAGAAGGCGAUGGCAUGCGCAUCAUCAUGACCAACUUCAAUCACGAGCGACUAGUCAUUGCCGUCGGCGUUACCCGGUCGGCUCGUGUCGCUCUCUCGGCGGCAUUCUCCUACUGCCUCAAGCGUGAAGCAUUUGGAAAGACACUUAUGGAACAGCCUGUCGUGCGUCACCGGCUCGCUAAGGCUGGUGCAGAGCUCGAGACCAUGUGGGCCUGGAUUGAGCAGAUUCUCUACCAGUUAAGUCAUAUGACCAAAGAAGAAGGCGAUCGUCAGCUUGGUGGGUUGACUGCUCUGGCGAAGGCCAAGUCGGCGAUGGUCCUCAAUGAGUGUGCUCAGGUUGCUGUCCUGCUGUUUGGAGGCAAUGGCUUCACUCAGACUGGUCAGGGUGAGCUUGUUGAAGCAAUUCUCCGGGAUGUCCCUGGUGCUCGCAUUCCGGGAGGCUCAGAAGAUGUCUUACUCGACUUGUCUGUGCGUCAGUUGGUCAAGAUUUACCAAUCACAGGAGAAGAAGCUCACUCAGAGCUCGAAGAUCUGA